CUGUCAAACUAUCAGGCCAUCGCCAUCCCGACCGUAGAUUUACAAAUAGUUGUAUUAACGCAUAUCCGAUUUAUUUUGUCCGUCGGAAUUUUAUAAUGUUUCCAGUUUAAGUAAUGUAAAUUAAGAGACAAAUAUAAAAACAACGUUUUUUUUUACCAAUAUACAAAAUGAAAGCCAGAUAAUUAGACAAUAGUUCGAGAAGUGUUUUCCAUUGUGCUGUGUGUAUUCUACGAGCGGAGCAAGUGUCUACUCCGGUGUUCCGAGUCUUAAUUGUUGGCGUUGUUUUACUACUACUUGUAAUGAAUGUGAGAAAUUUUGCUGCAACAGCAAAAAUUUCGAAAUUGUAAAGUACAUACUUUUGAAUACAUGUAGAAUUAGGAAAAGUGCCAACUAUUAAUUGUAAAGAAAGUGCGAUUCAAUUCAUUGUCGGAGAUUUCAUCUCGUGCAAAUUACUCUUGCCUUUGUUUUUUGCCUAGACAGCAGCACUUAAUAAAAAUAAAGAAAAUUUACGUAUAACAAAAACAACAGUGAGACGGGGACAGCCAGCGACGAAGAGUGCCUUCAAGUGUGAGAUUUUAGGAUAUGAGAAACAUCUUCUAAUUGCCUGCCUCAAAUUGACUCCAUUAAGGUUUCGUCACAUCCUCAAAAUGGCCUUAACUGUGUCAUUGCGUCGCGUGUUGCUCUUGCUAUUGAUGACAACGAUAUUCAUACUAAUGCUUUUGUACUGGAAUCAAGAUGGCAUGAAACCGCAGUCUUUUUUAGUUGAAAAAUCAAUGAAGCGCCGAGCGGAUGUUAAUAUGCGACCGCCAAUACCCGAUGAAAAACUGUGGACGUAUAAGUGCGAAAAUGAGCGUUGCGUGCGACAUUCAUACCCCACACACGCAGGUGGCGGCACGCCCACCGAUCGUCGCAUACCCUUCAUGACGUGCGCCAUGACCUGCGGUGAGGUGAAUAUUUGGCCACAUCCAACUAUAAAAACUGCCAUCAGUUCAGUCUCGUUGAAAUUCACCAUGGAGGAUGUGCAACUGCGCAUGGACACACCACACAGUGCGGUGGAAACACAAUUCAAGCAAGCGUUUGCCUAUUUCCUAAGCGACUUACGACGCAUACAGCGGUUGCCGAGCGCGGCGGAGAACUCAGAUGGCGCGGCCGUUGUUGGACGUGAAGCGGCAACCGAUGAUAAGGCCGCUGUGCGUUCACCACUUUCUGUACAACAAAAAUUGCAGGAGCAACAACAACAGGGACAGUUGGAACAACAAAAUCUGCAACGUAAUCGUGCGCGACGUCAUAUACCGGAUGCCGAUGAUGUUGGCGGCGAGACUGUAUCAACGUAUAAAUCUCGACACAAACGUCGUCACGUCGAUAUUGGUCGUGCUUUGAGCAAUAAUUUGGGUGAUAAUUUGGCGCCGGCGGCUAUUUUGAGUAGUGUUUUCAAUACGCGUCGCCACUGUGAUGUGGACACGCUGUUGGUGGAAGUGGAGGUGCAUAAAUCCGGCGAGAUCUAUCUGAGCUUGGAUACGGAUGAGAGCUACAAGCUGUCCGUGGCACAUGAGCGCCGCACUAUAAACGUCCACAUCACAGCAAAUACUUUCUAUGGCGCCCGACACGCCUUGUCCACACUGCAGCAAUUGAUUUGGUAUGACGAUGACGAUAAUCUCUUGCGCAUCCUAUCGAAGGCGAUUAUUGUUGAUACGCCAAGAUUUCGCUAUCGCGGCCUUAUGUUGGAUACCUCUCGUCACUACUUUACAGUGGAAGCGAUUAAGCGCACCAUUGUCGGCAUGUCACAUGCGAAACUUAAUCGCUUCCAUUGGCAUAUAACCGAUACGCAAAGUUUCCCUUAUGUUUCGAAGAAUUUCCCGGAGAUGGCCAUACAUGGCGCCUAUUCGGAGCACGAAACCUACACCUUCGAGGAUGUACGUGAUAUAGCGGCAUUUGCACGCUUACACGGCGUACAAGUCAUACCCGAGAUCGAUGCGCCGGCACACGCGGGCAACGGCUGGGAGUGGGGACCGAAACGUGGCUUUGGCGAACUGAGCUUGUGUAUAAAUCAACAGCCUUGGAGUUUCUAUUGUGGUGAACCGCCAUGCGGACAAUUGAAUCCGAAAAAUAAUAAUACUUAUCUUGUGCUGCAACGCCUCUAUGAGGAGCUCCUAAAUGCUACAGGCCCUACGGACUAUUUUCACCUCGGCGGCGAUGAGGUGAAUCUAGAGUGCUGGGGUCAAUACUUCAAUGACACGGACUUACGUGGGUUAUGGUGUGAUUUUAUGCUUAAUGCGAUGGCGCGUCUGAAAAUCGCCAACAACAAUGUGGAACCACGCGUGGUAAGUGUUUGGUCGAGUGGCCUGACCAACACAAAAUGUCUUCCAAGCAGUCGUUUUGCUGUACAAGUGUGGGGCGGUAGUACGUGGCAGGAGAAUUACGAUCUCAUUGAUAACGGUUUUAAUGUGAUCUUCUCACACGUGGAUGCCUGGUAUUUGGAUUGUGGUUUUGGCAAUUGGCGUUCAACGGGUGAAGGCGCCUGCUCGCCUUAUCGCACGUGGCAGAAUGUCUACAAACACAGACCAUGGGAGCGCAUGCGUCUCAAUAAAGCGCAGCGAAAACAGGUAUUGGGCGGAGAAGCCUGUAUGUGGACGGAGCAAACUGAUGAAUAUCAAUUGGAUAACCGAUUAUGGCCACGCGCCUCUGCGUUGGGGGAAAGAUUAUGGAGCGAUUUAGAUGAUGACAGAGAAUUCGAUGUAGUACCACAGGAUGUCUUCAAGCGUAUGUCGGUGUUUCGCAAUCGACUCGUCGAACUUGGCUUAGAAGCGGAGCCGAUAUUUCCCAAAUUCUGUGCGCAACAUCCAGGCGAAUGCAUUUGAUACUAUUUCUAAUCACACAUGAUCGUCGGCAUUGAACCAUACUGCAUUUGUAUAUAAAUAUAUAUAUUUAUAUAUGUAGUACGUACGCGCCUGUACGCAAUAUACAGACUUAUGCAUACAUAUAUAUGUAUAUAUAUAAAAGAAGAAUCUCGGGUUACUCAGUUUGGAUCAAUUUGUGCCUAAACAGUGUAAAAUUCAUAACCGCGUCGAAGUUGUUUUGUUUUUAGUGUAAUUUUAAUUUUAAUUUUAUUUUAUUUUAUGCGUUUGUUUGUGUGUAUGUAUGAUUUGUUUUCUUGUGUUACUAGAGUUAAAACAAUUGAUAUUAAAUCUAGCGUAAGUUAAAAAAAAUUAAUCGAAAAGUAAUGCUAACAUAUACAUAUGUAUAAACAAUAUAUACAUUUACAUAUGUUUGUAGGAGUGUGUAUGUAUGAAUGUAGCUGAAAAUUUCCUCCAAGGCUAAAAGCAUGGCAUUGGAAAAUCAGGUGGUGGAGCACGAAGAAGAAUAAGAACAAAGAAGAACGAGCAUUAGAAAUUAUAAUGAUAUUCUUUUGACAUAUGUACAUAUGUAUAUGCAUACACAUAUAAGUAUGUUAUAGGUUUUUAUGCAAUUUUUCUAUUAGCGCAAUUGUUUUUAUUUAUGUAUCUUAGGUUUUAUUUAAAUUUAAAUGAAUAUACAUACAUAAAUUUUAUAUACAUAUUUAUGUUUAUUACACACAUACACGUACAUUAUUAUGUCAAACACUGUUUCUAAAUAUGCAAAUCCAUUGGGUUACUUUAUAGUCGCUUUUAUAAGAAUAUACAUAUGUACUACAUGCUUACAUAAGUAUGUUGCUGUCAUUAGUGGGCAGUGUUGAAAGGCCCUAAAUGAUAAUUUUAAAAUUGGUUUAGCUUAAAAAAGAACUAAAGUUUUGUAAAGCGAAUUUCCGUUGCUGUUAUUAGGAUUAUUUUCUCUUUUGAAAGUGAAUAAUUGUUUUCUUUGAAGUGACUGUCUAGCGAAAUAAAUUUCAAAAAAAA